AUGUAAGAACCAAAAAGAACUAGAAUUAUUUGUUCUGUAAGUGAAAAUUGUUGUAAUUAUGAUUUAUUGAAGAAUAUGGUUGAAGCUGGAUGCAAUGGUUUUACGUAGAAUAUAGUUUAAUAGUUUUAGCAUUAAUAUGGCUUAUAUUAAAAAUAAAGAGAGUUUAUAAAUAUUGGAUAAGAAUAGAUGUCAAUUAGAAACAGAAUUUAAAACUAAAAUACCUAUAAAUUUAAUUUUAAGAGGACAAGUAAUAAGAGUAGGGUAAUUGUAAGAUCCUGAAACAUAAAUAGAAGUAAUUAAUUAUUCAAUUUUGAGGAAGGAAAUAUAGUAUAUUUGACUUCAGAUUAACAUAUAGUAGGAAAUAAUUAAUUAAUUCCAAUAGAUUCAAAUGAAUUUCUUGAGAAAUUAAAUAUAAAUGAUAAGUUAGCAAUAGACUAUGGACAUAUAAUAUUAGAAUUAUUAGAUAUUUAAUUGUUCGAUUAGUAAUAGUUAAUUAAUAUAUUUAGAGUAUGUGAGAAAAUUGGUCUUGAUUAAAUGUGUUUAUUAAGUGGAGUUAAAAUAUAUAUUUGCAGAUGUUGUAAGACUGGAACUUUAAAAUCAUUUAAGCCAAUAUCAAUAUUUAUAGAAAAUAAGUAAUCAAAGGAAGAAGAACAAUAAGAAUAAGUAUCACUUACAGAACAAGAUAAUUUAGAUAUAGAAUAUGCUUGUGAAUGUAAUUUUGAUAGUAUAACAUUUUCAAAAGUGAAUACUGCAUUGGAUAUCAUAAAAGUAAUAUGUACAUUAAUGAAAGGUAAAAGAAAGAUUAGAAUAAAAAUAUCCACAUGUUUAAGUAUUUGCUAGGAUUGCAGAAAAAUUAAAGGAAGAAUAAUUAGAGGAAAUAAUUAAUUUGGCAGAUGGAUGUAUUAUUGCACGAUCUCAUAUUUCAAUGACUUAACCAGUAGAAGAUGUAGUUAAAUAUUAAACUUAAAUAAUUUCAAGCUGUCGAAAACUAUUUAAACCUGUAUAUAUAUAUAUUUUAUUAUAAUUAAAGGUUUUUGUAUCAACAUAUAUAUUGGAAUCUAUGAGUGUUUAACCUAAGCCCUCUUUUGCAGAUAUGGGAGAUAUUUCAAAUAUUGUUAAAUAAUAUAUAGAUGGAAUAUUAUUAUCAGGUGAAACUAGUUUUGGGAAAUUUCCAGUUUUAAUUGUUUAGACAUUGAAUAAUAUUUGUAGAAAAAUUGAAAAAAAAUUACUUUAAGAACUUUUUGAAUAGCCUUAAUAAAGGGAUUAAUAUUAAGUAAAUUUUACAGGAUAACCAAUUGCAACAGUUAUUGCGAAAUCUUGUGUUGAAAUGGCUUAUAUGUAUUUUAAUAUUAUAUUAUUUAAGUUUACAAGCUAAAGCAAUUCUAAUGUUAACUCGAAGAAUAUAGACUACUUUAAAGUUAUCAAAACUUAGAGCUUCAUGUAAAAUAAUUUCAAUUAGUGAUAAUCAAUAGAUAUGUAGAUGUUUAAAUUACAUUAAUAAUGUAUAAUCAGAAUUAGUAAAUGGAUUUGCAAAUUAAGAAGAGUAAUUUAAUUUAAUAAUUAUUAAAGAAUUAUUUAAGAAUGUAUAUCAAGAUUGAUUGAUAAAAAUUUACUAUAACCUAAAGAUUACAUAGUGGUUAUUACUGGAAUGGUGGUUUAGAAUAAGGAUUGGCACAUUAAUUAGAUGAAAGUUUUGGAAAUAUGA